AUGAUAUCUGGACCUUCUUUUCAUUGGCAUGCACAGAAGUCGCCCGCCUUAUUUCAGCGCAUUUUGGAUGAAGAAAAUAUUUUUUGUCUGAAUGAUACCACUUUUGUCGGGGUUGUUUUGCAUGUGUUCAUCCAGGGCGUAAAUGUACAACCUUGUUCGUGCACAUCUGCUAAUUUCGCGAUGUAUACAUGGCUUUUGCUACGAGAUGAUCGGAUUAUGAGGCUGGGCACACCUUUUGGAGGGAACACGAGCCAAGAGUGUUAUUUGUCGAAUUGUAGGCUAACCCUCAGACUGGGGGUGUGGACUAUGACUAGCUUGAGGAGAAGGAGCUCAUAUCCACGGGAGUGGGAUUAUAAGAGGUCUAGACAAAUAACGGAUAAGUAUGGUAUGGUGUUGUUGUGUGACAUGGAUCAGAUUAGCGGUCUUGUAGCUUUAAAGGAGUGU